AUGGAUGAUGAUGAAGACGAUUAUGGCGACAUAGCCGAUGAAGAUUUGAUGGAAGCCGAAUCCUUCAGUCAACCAUCUCAAACUCUGCCAACAUUUCGCUCGCCCAGGCCCGCGAAGCGGCGCCGAGUAUCCAACGACUCCAUCGAAAGUGACUAUUCUGGCAAUGAAGGAGAAGGAGGCAACAACAACAACAAGAGACCGAAAUACAGGAUACACAUUGCUGAAAAGGAUGUCCCUGCUGCGAAGAUUAUUGGCGCAACGCAGGCAGAAGCGCUUCCAGAUUCAAGUCCUUGGAGGGAGCGAGGACCAAUCUAUAAGAUAUCCAGACCAGAGCCACCCACCAGACCGCCGACUUUCUCUGCGACCCCGCGACGGCCGGUCCCUCCAGUAGCGGACUUUUUUCAGAAGAGGAAUAGUGCUCCUUCACAGGGGCAUGACUACAGUCGAGAGUUAGAAGACCUGCCUUCAGACGCUUUCUCUUCCCCAGACAACGAUGUGACUUCAAGGAAGCCAAUUACGAUAGGCUCUUCUCCUGUUCGUUGUAGUCAAGGAGGUUCUUUUCGCAGCCAGCGUCUCAUCGCACCACAGCAAGGACUCCGUCAAACCACGUUAUUUGGUGGCCGUGCUCCGGACGAGGUCUCUGCUUCUCAAGCCAAGAAGGUUUAUAACUUCAUAGCUGAUAAACCGCCGGAGGCUCCUACGCACCACAAAUUGGAUCAGGAAGCUUUGCAGACAUGGGUCUAUCCAACGAAUUUGGGCACCAUUCGAGACUACCAGUACAGUAUUGUCAAGCAUGGACUGUUUAAUAAUCUCUUGGUUGCGCUCCCCACUGGUCUGGGAAAGACAUUCAUUGCCGCCACUAUCAUGCUCAAUUUCUUUCGUUGGACUAAAGAUGCUCAAAUUGUUUUCGUUGCGCCUACGAAACCUCUGGUGGCCCAACAGGUAGAUGCUUGCUUCAACAUUGUAGGCAUUCCCAGAUCUCAGACAACUAUGCUCACAGGAGAUCAACCGCCCCCCUUACGAGCUGAGGAGUGGGAGUGCAAGCGAGUCUUUUUCAUGACUCCGCAAACACUCCAAAAUGACCUGGCGACUGGCAUAGCCGAUCCCAAGAGGAUUGCUCUUCUCGUCGUCGAUGAAGCUCAUCGAGCAACAGGAAACUACGCUUACUGCACCGUGGUGUCUUUCCUGCGCCGGUUUAAUAAAAGUUUUCGGGUUCUCGCCUUGACUGCAACUCCCGGAGCAAGCGUCGAGGCUGUACAGGAGGUCAUCGACAACCUCGAAAUUUCCAAAGUUGAGAUUCGGACUGAGGACUCAAUCGAUAUUCAGCAGUAUGUGCACCAGAGAAACAUCGAUCAGAUUGUACUGGAACCGUCAGACGAGAUGAUCAUGAUUAAGGAUUUAUUCUCGAAGGCUCUCCAGCCUCUGGUAAAUAUACUAUGCUCACAAAAUGCAUUCUAUUCGAAAGAUCCGAUGUCGUUGACGCCGUUCGGCAUGUUGCAAGCACGUAAGAAGUGGAUGGCAGAUACAGGUCGCACUGCCAACAUGGGGCUCAAGGGCAUGAUGAAUGCCUUGUUCGCUGUUCUGGGAAGCAUCGCCCAUAGCAUUAAGCUUCUGAACUUCCAUGGCAUAGGCCCAUUCUACCAAGCAAUCAAGGAGUUCCGAACAGGCGUGGAAGAAAAAUCAAAACCGUCGAAGUACAAGAGUCAGAUUACUGAAAGCCCGGACUUCAAGAAGAUGAUGGAACGAAUUCAGCUAUGGCUAAGUAAGGAUGACUUUGUUGGCCAUCCUAAACUCACUUGCCUCUGUGAGUCUGUUCUCAAUCAUUUCUUGGAUGCAGGCGCAGGGAGACUGGGCGACGAUGCCCCUCCUUCAAGCACCAGGGUAAUUGUAUUCGCGGAAUACAGAGACAGCGCCGAGGACAUCGUUCGAGUGUUGAACAGGCACGGCCCCAUGAUUAGGGCCUCGGUCUUCGUUGGACAAGCAGACUCGAAGCGAUCAGAGGGAAUGAACCAGAUCAAGCAACAAGAGGCCAUAAACAGAUUCAAGGCAGGAAAGAUGAAUGUCUUGGUUGCCACUUCGAUCGGCGAAGAAGGAUUGGACAUUGGUCAGGUUGAUCUCAUUGUAUGUUACGAUGCAUCGGCUUCCCCAAUCCGUAUGCUGCAGCGUAUGGGACGAACGGGAAGAAAGAGGGCAGGACACAUCGUGUUACUGUUAAUGAAGGGUAAGGAGGAACAAGCUUUCGUCUCCGCAAAGGACAACUACGAGCAAAUGCAAAAGAUGAUCAGCUCCGGCGCUCGCUUCAACUUCCGGCACGAUCUUUCCGUUCGGAUAUUGCCACGAGAUAUCACGCCUGUAGUUGAUAAGAGACUCAUCGAUAUCCCCAUCGAGAACACACAGAAUCCAGCAUUGCCUGAACCAAAACGACAAACAAGAAGAGGAAAGAAAAUGCCUGCUAAGAAGUUUCAUAUGCCUGAUGGAGUAGAGACUGGUUUCCGCAAAGCAUCAAAUCUGGAUGGCGGAGGUCGAGCUCGGACAGAUCUUGGAGUUAGCGUCAAGCACAAAGCUGCGCCUAAAACACAGCAAGACGACCUGGCUCCAAUCCUCUCGCCCAAGUCGGUCUUCCUUACGCCAGCUGAGGAGCGACUCUUCAUGGACAAGUUCAUAAACGUAGGUGACGAUGAAUGUCAAGAAGUCAGCGCCCCAAGCAUGACUUUGCAUCCUAUUGCUCAGCGGUCUCUCGGCCCUGCAAUCCAUGUACCGCACUCACAGCGAACAAGAAGAUGUGUCGAGCUGUUCAGUAUCCUGGCGAACUCGCAGAAGAUCGAAGAUCGAUACGCGAGCCCAUACGGUGAUACAGAACCCUCACGUAGCUUCUGGGACCCUCGGUAUUUGGUUGAAGAUGAGUUAAAAGUCGCCAAAACAGCGGGAAAGACGAAGGCACCAGCUAAGAGCGGAGCUGCACUGGCAAGGAAGAAAGCACCAGCGAAACAGAAGCCGGAACAGUCACACGUCAUCUCGGACAUUGAAAGUGAAGGCGAUGAAACCGACCUUGAAUCCUCAACUCGUCGUCGAGCUCCGUAUGGAUCAAUAUCAGGUGAUGACAGCGAAGGGCAAGGAGAUGAAAUAAAUAGCGAGGAACCCUCAGAAGACGAAGACUCGGAUCUCGGCAGUUUAAAGGAUUUCCUAGCGGAUGGAUCAAGUCCCAGAAAAUCCAGGAUGGUUGGAUCGUCGACGACACCCCCUCCCAAUACUGGACCUGCAGAAAAGCCAUUCUUUGUCCCCACCCAGUCAACCAUUGAACUGAGCUCCGACGACGAGAUGCCAGAUGUACAGACUUUGAUUGAAAAGAAGCUGAAGCGGGUUUCGAAGCCGCCUAUCGAUCUUGAUUCUGAUUCGGGAGAAAAUGAAGAUGAUGAUGAGGAGGACCUCGGCCCUGUUCAACCGCAGCGGAAGCAAAAACAGAGAGCUGUAGUAGAGUCAGAUAGUGACGAAUGA